AAGCAGUCAUUGUAUUGCGUUGUGCCAACGCGGACAGACGUUCAGUCGAGAGUCUCUCGCUUCGUAGUCGCCGGUUGUGUUUUGGCUGUUGUGAUUGUGAAGUAGUGAAGAUAGUGCUUUUUUUACCGAAUGUGUUUGGCAUCAGUAAUCAUUACGAGGUUACAAAAUAAUAAUCAGGCAUAUUCAUAUGUCCUUACCAAAGCGUCAACUUAAUUACUGAUGUAAACAAGAUAGAAAUCUGAUGCUGAUGCCAACUGUUCAUUAUUGUUUCCUAAUCUAAAACAGUGAAGUGAUAACGCCGUCUAAGUAUACGUGGUUGUGUUGGAUGGUCUUCGUUAUGAAAUACUGGAACGUCAGCGAAGAAAUUCCUUGUCGUUUCGUAAUAAAAACAAAUAUUGCGUUGAAAAUUGAAUAAAUUUGUGGAUAUUUGCCAAGUUUUAUGUUUCGAUGUGACCUUUUAAGUGUUGAAAUGGGAGUGAAAAUGUGCUGGAUUUAGUAAAGAGAUGGACACUCUGGUGUUUAAGAAUGGAGGGGUUUUUGCCCCAAUGGUGCCUACAAUACACUGCAACACUUGUAAGGACAGACGUGAGAAAAGAAUGAGUGUGAUCGAGCAGGAACAGGACAAAGGUGAGCUGAAGAAACUCUCAGAAGAGAGCUUAACUCGGCAGCCAGAGGAGGUGUUCGACAUCAUCUGCAAACUCGGAGAAGGGUCCUAUGGCAGUGUUUACAAGGCACUGCACAAGGAGUCAGGGCAGGUGUUGGCCAUCAAACAGGUGCCUGUGGACACAGACCUCCAGGAGAUCAUCAAGGAAAUCUCCAUUAUGCAGCAGUGUGACAGUCCCUGGGUAGUCAAAUACUAUGGCAGUUACUUCAAGAACACUGACCUCUGGAUUGUUAUGGAGUACUGUGGUGCUGGCUCAGUGUCUGACAUCAUGAGGUUGCGGAAGAAGACGCUCACAGAGGACGAGAUUGCAACAAUAUUGUGUGACACACUCAAGGGACUCGAAUACUUGCACUUGCGGAGAAAAAUCCAUAGAGACAUAAAGGCUGGCAACAUCCUGCUCAACACUGAAGGUCAUGCAAAGCUGGCAGACUUUGGUGUUGCUGGGCAGCUCACGGAUACAAUGGCAAAGAGGAACACGGUCAUAGGAACACCAUUCUGGAUGGCACCAGAAGUUAUCCAGGAGAUCGGAUAUGACUGCGUUGCAGACAUCUGGAGCCUUGGCAUAACGGCUCUGGAAAUGGCUGAAGGCAAACCUCCAUAUGGUGAUAUCCAUCCCAUGAGGGCUAUCUUCAUGAUCCCCACAAAACCUCCGCCUUCAUUUCGAGAACCCGAUCAGUGGUCACCUGAAUUCAUUGACUUUGUUAGUCGAUGUUUAGUCAAGAAUCCUGAGGAGAGGGCAACAGCUAGCGAACUUCUCCAUCAUGAAUUUAUAGGUAAUGCGAAGCAACCGAACAUUCUGGGACAGAUGAUAGCUGAAGCACGUGAGAUCCGGGAGAACCAAAGUUAUCGCAGUAAUGCUGCCACCUCGGCGGCAGCUGGUGCCAAACAGAACCACGCCGAGGAAUCAAGGAGACCAUGGAAUAGACUGUGUGAGGAUGAAGAUGACAUCCUAAACAAUAAAACUAUGGUGCAGUAUCCUCAGGACUCAGGGACUUUGGUACCAUCACGGGAUCUUGUUGAUGGUACUGUACUUCCAAAUGAUACUGGUACAUUGGUAGCCAAUAGUGAAGCUGGCACUAUGCUGGAGCUGCAGUCUAAUCUUGGAACCAUGGUGAUCAACAGUGAUACAGAAGAGGAACCUACAAUGAAAAGGCACGAUACAGGUCCCGGAGAGUCGGGGAAGAAAUAUCGUCCGUUGUUUCUUGAUCACUUUGACAAGAAAGAAGCUGAGAACAUUAAAGGCAAUGGCCAGCCUCAGGUCUCACCCUCCCACAGACUCUCAAGUGGAGAUGUGUCCACUAAUGCCCACUCCAACACAUCGCCAAAUGCUAACAUGUCACCCUCACAACACAAUGCUAACUCAGUACAUCCUCAGCAGCACAAAGCCACAACACCAUCAUCUCAACAGUCACCACAGCUAUCAGCAGAGGAGAGGCAGAGAUUUCAGAAUCAUCUACAGCGGCAGUUGAACCAGAUCUCAGGUGCAGGGGGAGGAGGUCCUCUCCAUCACCCUCCCACAGUUGAGCCCUUCCAAGCAAGGCACCAUCAUGAGAACCAGGCCAAAUUUCAAAGAGCUUUUGUUGAUGGUGACUUUGAAUUUCUGAAGUUCCUAAGUUAUGAAGAGCUACAACAGAGGAUGGCAAAUCUAGAUGCAGAGAUGGAACGUGAGAUUGAUGAAUUACGCCGGCGAUAUCAAACCAAGCGUCAGCCUAUCCUCGAUGCCAUGGACCAGAAACGGAAACGUCAACAGAAUUUCUGAGAGAGAAGACGCAGGUGUUUGGCUGGCAGUGGCCGUCACAUCAGACAUACGAGCCAGACCAGAUGCGGUGUCAGUCUCAGGCCAGCCUUUCCACCACAUUGCUGCUACAAGGAUAUGUUCUAAGGACUUUCAAGAAUGGAGCCUAAGAUAAGUUACUAUUUAGGAAUAAGAAGUUUCCUAACAGAAUGCGUAAAUACAUACUACAUAUGAUGAGGUGGCUGGCAAACAAGCACCAUUCAAUACUGUAUUUGCUCAAGUAAUGCCUGUAUGUAGUUUAUGAUCAAAACAUUUUAAAUAUUAAAUAUUCAUGUUCUAAGGUCUUCAAAAAUCAAGCAUUACUACAUUUUGUACAUUAACUGUAUUACUGGCUGUCAUGGCUGUAGUUUUUGUGCUUUUACUCAGCCUCUUCAGGAAAAUUCUAGUAUAGUACCUUGAUCUAGGUCACCACCACUGUGCCACCUUCGAAAUCUUUAAUUAAUGAGCAAGUUUUUGCAUAAAAUGAAAUUGGAAGAUGAUAAUGAAUGCUGAUACCACUCCUAAACCUUUGCAAUCAAACAGCGUAAUUAACCUUUUAUUUUAUGUGAAUGUGGGAUUUGAAUCGUACUGUGGGACUGGUGGCUUGACUUUAACUCCGGGAUUUAGCAUUGUAGUGGUAUCGUACUACAUCAUAUGGCCAGCUGGACCACACAUAGGCUAUGAUGCAUGACUCAUGAAGGGUAAAAUCAGUUAAACCUUUAUCUUAAUCCAUACAUGCAAUUCACCUGGCCCAUCCCAGAGCAGCUGAAUGUCUACUUUGUGUUUCGUAAAUUGUUUCCCUGGUGGGAGGAAGGAGGGUUCUGUAGCUACUCACUUUGACUAUCGAAACAGACUUAGGAAAGCGUUUCUCUAAAAAAAGUAGACGAAUGCCCAUAUAAUUUAUUCUUGUCCGUAUUUGCCGUAAAAGUUUUGACCCAGACAAAAUAUACGGCUGUCUGUGACUUUCCUCAGUUACUCCAUACAAAUUCUGGUAUAGUACCUUAAUAUGUGUCACAUUUCCUUUUCCUUUCAAUUUUAUCUUGUAAGUUGGUAAACACUAAAUGUGCUCUUCAAUUGAUACAGAAUCUUUAAACAAUAUAUAAAUCAAAGACAGAAUGUAACCUACCAUCUUGCAUUUUUAUAGGUGAGUAUGUUUGGUUGAAAUGUGAAUCACAUUACCUGUUUAUCAAAGCCUAAAUUAACCUCAAAAAGAAAAAUAUGUUUUUUAUGAGACCUCAUCAUCUGCCUUUCUGCCCAGAGAUCAUUACCCUAAAGCGGCCCAUCCGCGUACGAGUCUGGCUCGGCGAGCUUGGCAUAUUUCACCACACGUGCGUAGCAGACUCGGCUCGUGACACCCCACCCACGAACGAGUUUGGCUGAAUGGAACCCGAUCCGAGCCGGACUCGUACGCGGAUGGGCCGCUUAACUGAGGUUUCUCAUGGUUUUCCUUGGUCCAUCCAGCCAAAUGUGAGAACUUGCCAGAUUUGCUUUCUUUCACAUCCCUUCCAGCUCAUUUUUCACUAAUUCUGUCAUCUGACACUAUCUUUUGCACUUGGUCAGAAAUGUUUUAAAAUAAAGCUGUUGUGCUACAUGCCAUGGAGGUGUUGGGGAGGGGGGAGUUAGUAUAGGUCUUGGCAUUACAAAUUAUAUACAUCUUACCUCCUUGCCUCCUUACCUGGUAGUGAAGAUAUAAUCUAAGCUAUUCACAACACCGUUAAUAAACCUUACAGGUAAUACAUGAAGAUGUAUGUAAAAUUGAUUAUCAUGUAGCGUAGGGUUGAACAACAACAGUGUGUUGUUGAUUAGUGGCUUAGCCAUUUUUGUUUUGUUUUAUUUGUGUUUAUUAAAACAGUAUAAUUAUGAGUUUUCAUGUUUCAUAUCCUUUUCUUUAUUAAGUUAUUGGGAAAUUGAUACAAGUAAUAAAACAAGUAUAACAUUUCCUUUAUCUUCAUGCGAGAAUCUGUAUAUGCAACACUUGAGAGCUUGGAACAUUUUCUGUUUUCAUUUUAGGGCAGUUGACUAACUUUAACAUUAAAAUUCUAAAGAUUUUGUUUUUUUAAGACUUACUCCAUCAUAGUCUUUAAGUAAAAUAUAGAAGAGGGAGAAUAGGAGGUGCCUCGUCCAUUGAGCCAUUUGGAUAAAGGCAUGAAACAUCACUGGCACGAUAGGAUUAAAGGUUGUAAAGUUUAGUAAAAUUUAUUUUCAUUACAUGAGCAAAUGUGGUACAUCAUCUCACAUAACACGUACUGUAGUCGUCAAUCAGAGUAUUGCAAGUAGCAUUGAAUCAUACCGUAUAAUGUUGGCAACACCGUGUAAAUAUGAAAAUUUAACGUGUCGCACGUUGAUUUAAUGUUCCUUGCAGCAGAAUCUUAAAUGGAAUUAUAUUUUUAAGAGUUACUUACUGAACUGAAUUUAACAAUACACAUGUGGUUUCACAUUUUUAACCUUUUACUCUCAAAUAAUUUUAAGUCAAGCUUUCUUUCUUUGUACUAGUCACGUUAUGUACAAUAAUAUAAUAUUUAUUCAUGCAUAUCGGGAAUACAAAUUAUGAAUUUAACGCCGACAAACAUUGUAAAAGGGUGGUGCGAGGAGCAUCUGGUGUCGUAUGUACUCGCGGUCCACGACGAUAUUUCCAGCUGUCAGGCCCACCCGCCUCGUACUGAAUUUAUUCCCAAAGCUUUUCCCUUUGGAAAAACUGGCUGCAGUGUGUAGCUGAGCAUUCACCUCCUCCUACUACCAAGAUCUGUAAUGUAUUGAAUGUUACUUCACAGCCCACAUGUGACAUUAAAUUUUAUGCAAUUUAAACUCAUACAUUUUGUGCUCAUUAUUAAAGCCUUAAGUCAGAUAUAACUUGUAUUAACUUAAGCCCUUCGUACUGAGUGCGACUGAUAAAUCGUAGUGUAAUGAAUUUAUGCAGCGUGUUAUUUCUGUUAUUUGCGCGCUUGAAUUAAGUUUGAAGUAUUGUUUGUAAAAUUAAAAAUUUCCUAAACUUUGACAAAGUUUAAUCGAAAAUUCUUAACCCUCUUCCAGCCUAAAUACUCGAAAGCACUUUUGUUCGUGGUCUUCGGUAUCUUAGACAUUCGAAUUUCGUUCCUGUCUCCUAGUGAAAUAUGUUGAAAUUUGCGUUGCUACAGCGUUCUCUUCACUUAUUGGUUUCAGUUCCCACACUGUUCUAACGUAACGUUAAACUUUCGUGUGUGUGAAACGAUAGAGGUUUCAAUCUUUUGAGUAAGGGUAGGAGAGGGAUAGAAAUUGAAAUGUUAUAAGCUCUCUGCAUAAUGUCCAUAUAUUCUUAGUUGCAUUUAACCAUUUGAACCGUACAUUAGUAAGAAGCGUGAUGGCUCCCCCCAGUGGCGAAUCGUUUUCCGUUUGCCACGUGAGGAAUCGCAUAUAACCACUGUAACUGUCUGUAAAGAAAUCUAAAAUGACUUAAUUUAAAGUAGUGUCAGGUAUGCCGUAACGCAAAGAAUAUUUUGAUGAAAAUGGAUUAUACAAAUACAAAUUUUAGGAUGGCAGGAGCAUGUGGGUAGGCGUAGAUUAGUACUGAGGGAACGCGAUAAGACCGCAAAGUUUGGAUCGCGGUUACUCGGCUGCAUGGAGGGAGGAACAGUCAGGCAAAAUUUACCGCAGUGAGGAGGUGGUCAGAUUCCUGGUUCCCCCAAAAAAAAGGAGGCAUAAUAUUGUUUCUUUAAAGUGCUGCUAAAGAGAAUAUUUUAUAUUAUGUUUCAGUGAACUACAGCACAGUUUACAUUUACAACAAACUCAUAUAUGAUGGGUACCUGAUGUAAAGUUUAUGUAAUCACAAAUAUAUUUUGUAUUCCUGAUAACAGCCACAAUACUUCAUGUGGACAAGAAGGAAGAAGGGCUUUAAUAAAAAUGUUUUGACAGUA